CUUAGAAACAAACACAAGUUACAUGUUAAACUUGCCAUUAUAUUUCUAAUCCUCCAUACAAUGUUUUCUUGAGGUCAUUUUACUAUCAAUUGCAAUUUUAUUGUUAAGCAUUGAUAUUUCAAAUGGCAUCUACUCGGUCACCGUCGCCGGCCGAAGGCGUAUCCGCACCUACAUCACCACUAUUAUCACCUCGGUCUAAGAUUAAGGCCCUUUUAGCCACCGUGAAUGAUGCAGACUCAGAUGACGAUUCUAGCCCUGCGAUAAAUACAAAUAUCUUAUCAAAAUCCAUUGAUAAGAGUAUUAUCGCGAAUACAGAAUCGCACUCCAUUCAAGAUGAAGAUGAAGAGGAAGAUAGUGAUGCUGAAGAAGAGAUCGUUCGCCCUAGAGGACGUCUUGCCGCGCGGAUGAGAGCGAUGGAUAUAGAUACGACAAAUGAUACCACACCAAAGACCUCAAUUGAGCCUGCACAACCACAUACCACCUCAACAAAUAAUAAUAAGAAUAAAGAGUCGGUAAACGCCGAUAAUGACGACGACGACCACGAUGAUGUUACUAUUUUGCCGCGUAGACGGCUAGCUAGGCCCAUUCGAAGCUCUACUCCAGAAGUCGCUUCAAAUACCGACAUACCGCCUUCGCCCGGUCUCUUUGUCACGCCGGCCCCUGAGACGCCGAGGGUACCCCGUCAGUCUGGAACUGGAGCUGAAUCAGAUACGGAUGAUGAGUUGCCGGCGAACUUGGGGGAAAAUGAACGCUUCCUAGCCCUAGUAGCUAGGAAACGACAAGAGAGGCUGGCUAGGGAAGCGGAAGAGGAGCGCAAGCGCAAAGAGCGUGCAGAGCGUAUCGGCCAGCAAAUGCCUACUGAAUCCGAUGUCGACGAUGACGUAUCUGAUGUCACAGAUGAUGACGGUGGUCGUAAACUCACCCAGGAAGUUUCUCGUCCUUCUCGCAAAGCCAGCAAGAAGGCCUUGGAAGAGAUGAACCGCGAAACGCAACGACUAAGCCGCAGUUUACAACUUGCUCACGAAGCAAAGACGAAGAAAAAGAUCACGAAAGCGUCUCUAUUCGAACGCUUCAACUUUAGGACCGAGGCAGUAACUGCUGAGUCUAAACCGACUAGCUCAAGUAGACCAACAACGCCUGGCUCAGUGCAGCAGACGGAUAUUGAUAUGGCAGAUGCUGGAACUCCCCCCAGCUCUCCACCUCUUGCUCCGAAGACUACGGAAACCCAUGUCGCUACACCUACAGCCCCAAAUACUUAUAUAGAUCCAGAUGAUGUAUUCAGAAAUGAUGGCGAGUUGCCUAGCUUAGAAGUCGCUUUGGCACAAAGCCAAAAAGACAAGGGCAAAGGUAAAGCCGUCGACAUAUCGGAUAAACCCGCCGAGACGAAGGGAACCGGGACAGGUAAACCGAAGCGUCAAAUCCGAGUUAAGCUACCUCCGAUGCAAGCAAAUCUUGUUACGAUAGAAUCCGAUGAUGAGUUGGAGAUCACCAAGUCGAAGAAGGGAAGGAUAGAUGCAAUAUUCGAUAAGCUUCCCGAAAAGAAGACACAGGAAUCCAAAUCUAUAGAUGUGUUACGCCGCUUAGCCCAUCUCUCCUCCCCACCGAGAGAAACGUCAAGAGGCCGCAAGACCAAACCCUCAAUGACCCCUGCUGAACUCCAAAUGACCCUACAGCAGCGCGCAAGAGCUCAGGCGAAGUUGGAACGCGAACGACGUCUUGAGUACCUCAAAUCCAAGGGCAUUACCGUGCAAACAGAGGAAGAGCGGCAACGGGAAAGGGAACAGGUCGAAGACAUUGUUGCCCGGGCUCGACAAGAGGCUGAGGAAAUUAUGCAGAGAGAACGUGAAGAUGCGAAGAAGGCACGUAAAGAAGGGAAGAAGAAUGGUGAAAGCGAUCCUCUAGCUUGGGAUGACAGUGAUGAUGAUAGUUUUGAAGAUACUGGAGACGAGGACCCCGCCGAGAUUGAGCUUUCCGGGUCAGAGGAGGAAAACGAGGUGGAUGACGAUGAUAAUGAAGAUGAAGAUGAGCAUGCGAAGAAUCUCAUGUUCGAGGAUGAAGCGGAGGAAGAUGACGACUCUGAAGAGGAAGAGCACACGCCAAAGGCCACCGCGAGUGUAGCUUCUGAUGACGAGGCCGACGUCGAGCUCCCACCUGCAAAAUUCCGCCGGUCCAAGAAGCACGUUACCGUCGUCUCCGAUGAUGAGGACGACGUCGAGGCCACUCCAAAAUCCAAGGCUCACCCCAGGUCUCCAUCAGCCACCAACUCCUCUCCUAAGAUCCCUACAUCCGUCCUCCGCUCAGCUAGGAAGACAUUUAUUCCCGGACUCCCCGUUCCCGCAGCUGGGCCCGCAGGCAUGGGACUUACCCAGAUAUUUGCUGGUACUAUGGAUGAUAGUCAAGUAGGACCUGCCAGCGGAUCCCCGCAAAAGUUUAUGCCUAGUCUCGAUAACUUCCCCGACUCUCAGUUUUCCGCCACAGCAGGUCAGUCUCAGUCUCAAGAUAACAUGGUUCUCGACAGUCAAAAGUUGCAGAAGAUGGAUACGCAACCACUGGAAACGCAAACGCAAGGUGUUCAGUUGCAUUUUUCUCAGUCGCAAUUGCAUGGCUUCGAUACUUUAAUGCAAAUAGACGGAACGCAAGCGUCAGAUCUCAUCGAACCAACCCAGGAUGCGGGCUUCCAGGACUUUUCCCCACUCAAGCAGCGGUUUGUCGACGCUCCAGGGUCCACAGUUGAUACCGUAUUAUUAGGUGGAACCCCUGAUUAUGAUAAAAUUGAAGAGUCUCCUUUAGUCCGAAGAACGGGCAGGCUUAGACAACGAGGCGAAAGUAUAGCCUCGAUUUCCACUCUGACAUCUGCGACAAAUAUCCCUGCGAGUCCCAGCGCCGGCCCUAGCACCUUACCUCGAGAUGCCGAGGCGGACGCGAAUGCAUUUAGACUAAUGCAGAAGGCAGCUAGGAGGAAGAAGCGCAUGCAAGAGAAGUUUGACAAGAAGAAGAGUAAGGCUAGUGAAAUGAUUGAGGAGCAAGCCGAAGAAUCCGAAGAUGAGUAUGCCGGGCUCGGUGGAGCCGACGGCGAAGACUCUAGCGAAGAAGACGAUGAGCUCGUCAAGGAAAUGAUAGAUGAUGCUGUCGCUAACAACAACGCUGACGUUGCUAAGUUGGCUAGCUUCUUCGCUGAUAGAGAACGAGCAGCCGACGCGGCUCAGGUCGACAAGCUAUUCCGUGACAUAACAACCGGAAUGCUACGCAAGCGACGCCGUGGUGGUGAUAAUAAUGACUUCGAUCUGUCUGACUCUGACGAUGGGGGGGAAGCCCGACGUCGUAUGAAGCGGCGACAGUUUGCUAAGAUGCAGAAGGCUCUGUUUGCGGAUGAGCGUAUCGAAAAGAUCGCCGAAAAUCCACGCAACGCCGCGUUCCUUAAGAGCAUAGAGGACAGAAAUAGCGACGAUGAAUGGGAUUUCGGUGAGAACUUUGCGGAUGGAGGUCCUGAGAGCGCGGACAGCGAUAGCCAAAGUCAGAACCAGGGACAGGAUAAAUCAGCAGCAGAGCGAUCGAUCCCGAACAGUCAACCUACGAACGGAGAUCGCAAGCGCACACACGCAGACGACCACGUAGCACGCCCGCCUCCAAACGCACGACGCACUAGAGGAGGUGUUCGCCCUUCGUCAAUCACCGAUGUCCGCAGGGAAUUAUCCGACUUGCUUGACGAACCCAAUGGUUCUUCUAUGUCGGUCAUCCCCGCAACAGAAAUAGGAUCUGACGGUGAAGACGAAGAGCGACCAACCACUUCUUCAUCUAAUAAAGAGAACCGACAGUCAGAAGUGACAGUGGUUGACCGAAUUAAGCUCAAGCGGGAUUCCUCUUCCGUAUCCACAGGUAGCAACGGUGGAGCGGGCUCGUCACGUCUCGCAUUCGCAGCUCCAUCGGCAUCAGGUAGCAGUGGCUUGUUCAAAGUGCCAGCACUACUGAGGCGAGCAACAACAAACUCGCUCAUGUCGAAUUCUUCAACCAGUACAACAAGCAGCAGUAGCGCCCCUACAGCUGCGGGUAGCCUAGCGGGAGGAGACGACGGCAAACUUCUGAAGAAGACGGCGGGCAAGCGCUCGGGCAUCAACUACUUCGCGCGAGAGAAUGAGCGCCGGGCCGCAGUGGCGGAGGCGGAGAAAAGGCGCGAGGCGAAGAAGUGGAAGGGAGCUGAGGGGAGGAGUAAAGUUGUUGGUGGCUUAUUCGGUGGCGGGAAGUUUGAGUAGAAAGAACUGUUUUUUUUUUUUUUUUUUUUACAUUCAGAGGGCGUUGCAUAAGGGAUACCUCACGAAGAUAGGUUGGUUGCAUGGCGUUGGCGUCUAGGGUCGCUCAUCAGGUAUAUAUGUAAGCGCGACGGAAUUGAGAUAUAAUGAUACGUACGUGAUUUCGUACACUACCCAAAUUAGGAGGUUAGGCUUAUAGCAUUUGUGAGACAAUUAUAUUCAAUUGAUUAUUG